CAAUCUUUCAUCAUCAUGAUGUCCAAUACAUACAUAUCUUUUAUGUGAUUUUUACUUAUUAAAGAGAAAUUCUCAUUAAGAAGCUUUUUUGGUUCUAUCUUCUCUCUUCUGUGUUCAUGGCGGUUCAAGCUCAUCACCAUCCUUCUACUCUCUUCUUCCUCAACAACGGACAAGAAGGGAAUGAUUGUUCGAAUCAGCCUCAUAAAUCUCAGUUUCAUUCAAUCAACACCGGGGUUGAUUCAAGAAAGCGAGCGAGAGAAGUUUCGUCGGUGAUUGAUUUAGAUAUCACGGUGGCUCCGACGAACCCUCCCCCGCAAACUCCGCCGCAAGUUAUCGGACGUCGACAAGUUCCGAAUGUAGUAUCAACCGGUCUUCGUUUAUCUCGUGAACAGUCGCAGAAUCAAGAACAACGGUUUUCAACUUUUCCGAUGAUUACCGGAGAACUCGCCGGAGAAAUCAAAAACCAAACGGACGAAUUAAAUAGAUUUCUUCAAAUCCAGGGAGAGCAGCUGAGGCGCAUGUUAGCGGAAAACAAUGAAAGGCACUAUCGUGAGCUACUAAGAACGACGGAAGAAUCAGUUAGGCGGAGAUUAAGAGAGAAAGAAGCAGAGAUCGAGAAAGCCACGCGUCGUCAUGUCGAGCUAGAAGCACGUGCGGCUCAAAUGGAAACAGAGUCACGUGUCUGGCAAGUGAGAGCAGCUACGAGAGAAGCCGAAGCGACGUCGUUACAAGCUCAAUUGCAGCAAGCCGUAGUUGUAGCUCAGGGCGGUGGAGUUAUUACGACGGCUGAACAAAAUUUAGGAAGCGUAGACGGUGUGGAUGAUGCGGAAUCGGCUUACGUGGAUCCCGAUCGGUGCGAAAUGAUCGGACCUGGAUGUAAGAUUUGCCGGCGGCGAUCGGCGACGGUGUUGGCUUUGCCGUGUCGUCAUUUGGUUCUGUGUAAAGGAUGCGAUGGCUCCGUACGAGUUUGUCCGCUUUGCCUUAGCACGAAGAACUCAAGCGUGGAGGUUUUCUAUUUUUGAUGGGCCAUUAUUUAAUGGGCUUAUUAGGCCCAGUAAAUUGGAAAUUUCAUA